AUGUAUAAAAAUUCAAAAAUUCUGAUUUCAAAAACAUCCAAUUUUGCAAUCUCUAUAUUAUAUUACAAUGAAUAUGUUGAUGACGAUGACGAUGUUGAUGCCGAUAACGAUGUUGAUGCCGAUGUUGAUGACGUUGACUAUGACGAUGACGAUGAUGAUGACGAUGACGAGGAAGAUUUCUAUGAAGAUAACAAUUAUGGUGAUGAUGAAAAUGAUGACGAUGAUGAUGAAGAUGACGAUGAUGACGACGUCGAUGGCGAUGACGAUUUCGAUGAUGAUGACAAUAAUGUCGAUGAUGACGAUGAUGGAGAUGACGAUAAUGAUGACGAUGACGAUGACGAAGACGAUUUUCACGAUGGUGACAAUGGUGGUGAUAAUGACAAUGAUGACGAUGAUGACGACGAUGACGAUAGUGAUGACGAUGACGAAGACGAUUUCGACGAUGGUGACAAUGAUGGUGAUGAUAACAAUGAUGACGACGACGACAAUGAUGACGAUGACGAUGAUGAUGACGAUGAUGGUAAUGAUGAAAAUGAUGACGGUGAUGAUGAUGAUGAUGAAGAUGACGAUGGUGACGACGAUGGCGAUGACGAUGAUGACGAUGACGAUGAUGAUGACGAUGACGAUAAUGAUGACGAUAGCGAUGAUGAUGAAUAUGACGAUGAUGAUGAUGACGAUGACGAUGACGAUGACUAUGUUAAUGAUGGUGACGAUGGUUAUUUGCAGCAUAGUUUAAUUUAUGCCAACAAUCAAAAUUUCAAAUCGUUAGGAAUUAAGGGAAAACGACACGACGCGGAGUAA